CUCCGUGUACAUGUACAUGACCAUUCGGGCGGCAUUGUGACCCCAGAAAUCAAUAUACAUGAGAAUCCUGAUGCUUUCAAACGCGUCAUGGCAUGCAUCGUUUUUGGUCGACGUGACUGCAUUGGAUUUGACCUCACGAUCACGAUCAACCCAAAGAUGACGAGCUUGUUGUCCGGGGCAUUUUGGGCCAGAAACAUCAAAGGACAGAUCGCCAUCAAUGAAAACAUAUACAACUUGCUGAAGGUGAUCUUCUGCAAUCAAGGACUUGUGGGCCGCGGAACCGUUUGCUACCUGGCUCGGAGAGAUGGCGAGGAGUUUAUUAUUAAGGAUCAUUGGGUGAAAGGCGACAAGAGUGUAGUGUUGAAUGAGGUGGAGAUGCUGAAAGCUCUGAAGGAUAUCCCUGGUGUUCCCCAAUACGUGGAACACUGUCUCGUGGAGGUAGAGCCGGGCAAAGUCGACGAUACGCAAAUGUAUCACCAGAAGAUCUAUAAUAGCACCCAAGGUGUCUAUCACACGCAUGUCCGUCUCGUCUUGAAACCACGGGCUCGUCCUUUACACGAGUUUCGAACUAGAAAAGAGCUCGUCAAAGCGUUACGUGAUAUUGUGCUAAGUAAGUGA